ACAUUGUCGCUCUGUCCCCUGAUUGGUUGCCGUGGCAGGCACCGCCUCUCAGCGGAAGCGCGCUCCUCUCGCGACCCCGCUGAGCGCGUUAUCAGUCCAGGGGAGCGGCACACGUGCGGCCGGGAUGGAGGCGGAGGUCGUGGACUUCCGGGUUCCCGUGGAGAGCAAUAAGACGGUGCUGGUGUGGGACAUCCCGCCGACCCACGGCGAGGCACACAUCCACGCCCAGCUGCAUGCUGUCUUCUCGUCCUUCGGUCCUGUGUACCUGUUGAAGGUGAGCCCUAACGCUCCGCUCCACCCUCCUGGUUUUUACGCCCUCAUCAAGUUCUUCUCUGCGGCUCACGCCGCUGCAGCUCAGCGCAUCACAGACGGACGCCCGCUGCUUGACGACUUGCCGCUGAAGGUGAAGUUGAGCUCCAAGCAGACGCCUCACUUCCUGUCUGGCAGCAGCAGAGUUCUGAGCCAUGCACACUGUCUGGAACUGGCCAAUCACGUCCUGGGAUUCAACGGCUGGACCUCUGACAUCAUCACACUGAAGAAGCUCACCAACGAAGAAGAAGGCGAGGAGGAGGAGGGGGGAGGGGCCGGGCAGAGGAGGCUGAAGUUCGGCUGCGUGCUGCAGCUCCGCUUCCCUCAUCACGGACAGACGAGCAGAGGAGCUGCGGUGCUGGCGGACUGCUUCACCUGCACAGGUCCAGAUGUGUUCCUGCAGAGGUGCUGCAGGCUGCAGAGGUUGGUCAGAGAGAAGGCUCUGGUUCAGGCCUUCAGCUCCGUGCUGCUCAUACUUCUAGGUAACGGGAAAGUGAUGGUGGAGGUGAAACAGACCCCUGAUCAGUUUUUAGCUGAUGACACUGAAGGAGUCCUGCAGGUGAACGAGUUUUCCUGGACAGAGGGUCCUGCUGAUGAAGAGGAGGCUGACGAUGCAGAGUGGGCUCUGACUGUGUCGUAGAUCAGGACUGUGGGUGGGUGUGACGUGUUUCUGAGAGGAAAGCUUUCAGGUGUAGAAACAAAACAACGGCGCUCCCCGACGCGACGCUCCGGCUGUACGAGGACGGGAAAACUGAUCCUGAGAUCCAGAAGCUCAUGGCACACACACAGCUGUGAAACAGCACCGAUCAGCUGUGCGUGUUGCUCUCGUCCUCUCUGCAGCAGUGAAUCAUGAUUUUCCACACAGCUGUUUAGCGUUCCCUCAUUAUUUAUGUUUUGGUUUGAGGUUUUAUUUUGAAUCGCCAGGCUGGAU